AUGACAAAAUCUGCUCUAAAGGAGGAUCUCACUCAGGUACAUGCUUCGGUAAAUACUCCUCCACAAGGUCACGCUCAAGAACAACAUGAUCCUCAGGCUGAACAGGAUGAUGAUGAAGUCCAGAUCCAUCGCGGAACAGAUGAUGAUGAGCGUCUGGGUGAAGCCAUGCUAAAGGAAACUCCGGAACUUCUAUUUUUUUCCACAGUAACAAAAAAUCUUCAACGUAGGUGGGCUUUUCUCAGUAUUUUAUUGUUAGGUAUAGUUAUGCUUUUUUCCGUCGCGCUGUCGAUCGAUCAAAUAAAUAACAAUAAGAGUUUCAUCUAUCAAUAUGUGUGGUCUUGGACUAUAAAUAAUGAUCUUUCUUUAGAAUUUGGUUACUUGAUCGAUUCACUUACCCUUAUUAUGUUAAUAUUAAUCACUACUGUUGGCAUUUUGGUUCUUAUUUAUAGUGAUAAUUAUAUGUCUCAGGAUCAAGGAUAUUUGAGAUUUUUUGCUUAUGAGUUUUUUAAUGCUUCAAUGUUGAGAUUAGUUACUAGUUUGAAUUUGAUCCAAAUUUAUAUCUUUUGGGAAUUAGUUGGAAUGUGUUCUUAUCUAUUAAUAGGUUUUUGGUUUACACGUCCUAUUGCAGCAAAUGCUUGUCAAAAGGCAUUUGUAACUAAUUGUGUAGGGGAUUUUGGUUUAUUAUUAGGUAUUUUAGGUCUUUAUUGGAUAACGGGUAGUUUGGAAUUUCGGGAUUUGUUUCAAAUAUUCAAUAACUUGAUUUUUAAUAAUUAUCUUAAUGUUUUUUUUGUUACUUUGUGUGCCCUAUUGUUAUUUUGCGGUUCCGUAGCUAAAUCUGCCCAAUUUCCCCUUCAUGUAUGGUUACCGGAUGCUAUGGAGGGGCCUACUCCAAUUUCUGCUCUUAUACAUGCUGCUACUAUGGUAGCGGCGGGAAUCUUUCUUGUAGCUAGACUUCUUCCUCUUUUCAUAGCUAUACCUACCAUAAUGAAUGGAAUAGCUUUCAUUGGUAUAAUAACAUUAUUUUUGGGAGCUACUUUAGCUAUUGCUCAAAAAGAUAUUAAGAGAAAUUUGAUACCAUACAUGAUGACAGGUAGAGGUGUUGCGGAUCAAAUUACUAGUCGUGAUAGAGGGAGAGUUUCCUCUGGUACCCCUGAAAGCAUGAGUCAUAUAUUCCGCGGAACGACGUUCUUGCCAAGGCUCCUUUACAAAAGAGAUAAAAUCGACGAAUAA